GCCCUUGGGCAACUCUAUGAGUCAUAAAGUACCAGUUACAGCUAUAUUAGAUUCCGGUGCUAAUUGUAAUAUUAUAGUCCUAUUUAGCAAGCUCAAUAUAUUGGAAAUAAUUCGUGCAAUAGCGAUUUCAAUCCUGUCUCAAUACCAUAAGCAAGAGCAAGUAGAAGUCACUGAUGUUUUCGUUACCGAUGAGCUUGAAUCUAUACUGAUAUUGGGUCAGUCAUGGUUCCAGGAAAAUGUAAUGGAAAUGGACUUCCCAAAUAAAACUCUUACAUUGCUCAAUGGAACUAGUUACGAG